AUGGUACCAGCGCUCCCUAGAUCAGUGGUCCUAAUUCUGGUGAUCUCAGCACCAGGGACCAGUGGUCCUGAAGGUCCCAAACCCGGUGGUCUCUACUUCAGUGGUCUUGAAGUUUCCAAGCCUGGUUGUCCAUGCUCCGGUGGUCCCAGAGGUGCUACCUUUGUCAUCAGUGCUUCCUUUGAUGACUACUGCCAUCUUGCUCCUCAUGAGUUUCAAAAGUUCUUCUUAAUGGAACCCUUGAGUUGUCUUCUGCAACUUUAUGAGCAAUGUUGCUGGGCAACUUUGGGCAAUGUUGCCAUCAACAGCCAACUAGUGAAAAGGUUUCGUGAACCCGUCGGAAUAAGAAGACCAUGGAGGAUCUGGUUCUUUGAUACGUCAAAGCAGGCCGUUGGGGCUCUUUUCAUGCAUUUUGCCAACGUUUUCUUGUCCACACUCACCAAUGAAGAUCCCUGUUCUCUAUAUCUGUUGAACUUCCUGUUGGAUGCCACAUUGGGAAUGCUGGUGAUCUGGGCGGGGGUGAAGGUUGUUUCCAAGAUAGUGGAACAUAAACAGCUAACACUGCUGAUGUUUGGAGAAUAUGGUGAUCCUCCUCGGAUAGCAGCCUGGUUGGCUCAGUGCUCAGUGUAUUUACUCAUUGUUGCUCUGGAGAAAAGUGUGGUCACUCUGGUGCUGCUCGUUCCUGGGUGGACCAAUCUGGAGGAGGUGGUGCUGGACUACAUCCCAAACCCACAGCUGGAGUUGGCUAUCGUCAUGCUGAUCGUGCCUUUCAUUGUAAACUCUAUAAUGUUCUGGGUGGUGGACAGUUUAACAAUGCGGAAAUAUAAGAAAAUGACGUCUCUGGAGGGCUCACGUGACUGUCCUAAGCAAGUAGAGGUGUUGCCAAAUGACAGCAAUGACGAAGCUGAGGUGCUGCUAAAGGAAGAUGAAGAUGAUGCUACAGUGUGUUCUGAACAGGAAGAACACGUCUCAACAGAAGAGGUGUUAAUACGAGUCUGUAUGAAAGUUUAAAACAAACGUUUAGAAGUAUACUUGUCAGAAUUUCUUAAACACUAUAUAUUUGUUCCUAAACCUAGUGAGCUGCCUUGAUGUUUACUUCCUACAUAGGCAGAUACCUUCCAAAUUGAAAUGGAAACUCAUAAGUGACUUUGGAACACUCUAAUUAGACUUCAACUUAGCACAACUCAGAACUUUUCACGUUAAGUACACCACACUGGAGAUGGGACUCGGUUGAUACCAAUAGAGUUUGGCGUUAGCAUGUUGCUAAGCUAACAACACAGUACCAUAGACUGUAAAAAAAAAAAAA